UCCCAUUCGGUCUGCAAUUUCCCUGCUCGUCCAGGAAGGUCUUCCCAUCAGCACCAUGGCUCCCAAGAAAGUCGAACCCAAGAAGCCGGAGCCCAAGAAGCCUGAACCCAAGAAGGAAGCUGCUCCGGCCCCAGCAGCCCCCAAAAUGGCUCCACCGCCAGAACCCGAAGCUCCAAAAGAACCAGACUUUGAUCCCAAGAGCAUCACUCUGGAGUACACUGCAGACCAGAUCGAAGAGUUCAAAGAGGCCUUUCAGCUGUUUGACCGCACAAUGAAAGGAGAAAUGAAGAUCACGUACGCCCAGUGUGGGGACGUGAUGCGAGCAUUGGGUCAGAACCCGACCAACUCUGAAGUACUGAAGGUCCUGGGAAAACCCAGACCAGAAGAGAUGAGCACCAAGCUGGUGGACUUUGAGACCUUCUUGCCGAUGCUGCAGCACAUCUCCCGCUCGAAGGAUCAGGGCAACUUUGAGGACUUUGUGGAGGGUCUGAGGGUUUUUGACAAAGAAGGUAAUGGAACCAUCAUGGGGGCUGAGUUGCGACACGUUCUGGCCACGCUUGGCGAACGCAUGACAGAAGAUGAGGUGGAGCGACUGAUGGCAGGACAGGAGGACGCCAAUGGCUGUAUCAACUAUUCUUCAUUUGUCAAACACAUUCUUUCAGGAUAGACUGGAUUUAUAGGCUUAAUGGAUCAAGUAGAGUGUACACUGAAAUUAAAAAAAUCAAUCCACUACAAUUACUGCCUUAAAGUACAAUUAAAGGGGUGCCAAAUUGACAACCAUAAAUCAGUGCGCCUCUUCAACAACUGAAGAAAAUCAAGCUGAAGCUUUGAGUUGAAAUUACAGAAAUUGUGUUAUAUGCUUAAAAACAAAGUUGUUGUUAUAAUCAGUAAAAUAAUUUUACCAUACAAAAAAUUAUAUACAAAAAAAGUAUUCAUUUUAAAUGUACAUUAUUUGGACUUACAUGAAACUUAAAAGCAUUACUUAAUUUGUUUGCAAUUAAUUUUGCUCACAUAUUCUAACUUUAAUUCAGUCACAAAUGUGCAAAAAAAAAAGUUUUCUUGGCAUGGACUUCCCUUUGUUCUGUCACCUGAAUCAGUUUCAAAAGUGCAAUCGUGAAAUAGAGACUGACAGAGCUGGACGUUCAGCGGCAUACUCCAGCCAGGUAUACUUGUAGAGACUGAAUAGAAGCAAGAAAACUUCAGUAUUCAAUAUGUUUUAUCUGUAUCUGUAUGUAUACUGUCUGAUAACGUAUUGGCAAUGUACACUUAAGUUUCACUUGCCAAUAAAGUUAAAUAUGAAUUGAA